AUGUGGGUCCCGCAGCCGGCUUGUUCUCCCGGCCUUGACAACUCUCUCGGUCCGUGGGCCGGAGAAUUGUGCCGGGGCGGAUUCGACUUUACACUUUUCUUCGAGGAGGCCAUACUAGCUGUUCCCCUGCAAUCUCUCCUCCUGCUGUUGCUCCCCACAUGUGCCUUACGCCUGGCAAGAUCCGAUGUCAAAGUUGUGCCCAGCACCCUGCGCUGGCUCAAAGCUUCUGCAUCCAUUUCUCUGGCUGCCCUAAACUUCGUUCUCCUGAUCCUCUGGAUCACUACACCAUCGACAACUAUCACCCAUACGCGCGCGACCAUUCCCACCGCCAUCAUUAGUCUAAUUGCCUCGAUAGGAUUGGGUCUGUUAUCAUGGCUCGCCCAUCAACGGUCCGUAAGGCCGUCAUUCGUCCUGUCAGUUUACUUGUUUCUGUCAAUUCUGUUUGACACUGCUCGUGCCCGAACUUUGUGGAUGCUGGGGCCCCAUCAGACCAUACCCGCCAUCUUCACCUGUACUCUGGCUGUCAGAGCUGUCAUGAUCCUUCUAGAAUCAACAGAGAAGCGCAGGAUCCUAGUUCCAGAACACAAAGGAUACUCCAAGGAGGUCACCAGCGGCACUUUCAACAGAUCAGUCUUCUUCUGGUUGACGUCACUCUUUAUCAACGGAUACAGAAACAUCCUUCAACUAGAUGACCUCUAUCCACUGGACCCAAAGCUAGCCUCAGAGCCGCUCUACAGAAAACUCGCCGGCGCGUGGGACCAAGUCCCCGACAAGACGGUCCCUGGCGCUUUGUUCAGCACCUGGCUCCGCGCCUUUGCCGGCCCUCUUGCCGCGGCCAUCGUCCCGAAACUCUUCCAGAUCGCCUUCAACUACGCCCAGCCGUUUCUGAUUGACGAGGCUAUUCGCCUUGCCAGUCAGCCGCAACAGCAGCCCUACAAUAAUCACGGUUUUGGUUUGAUAGGGGCGUACGUGAUCGUUUACACCGGUAUUGCUGUCUCGACGGGCCAGUAUGACUGGCGCAAUCAACGUGCGGCCUCCAUGACGAGGGGCAGCACGACGGCACUUGUCUAUCGGAAAGCGUUGAGGCUGGAUUUGACGUCGCCCAACGUCAGCCCUUCCGCGGCUCUGACUUUAGUUGGAACCGAUAGCGAGACCAUCAGCCAGGGCAUCAUGCAGCUUCACGAGGUCUGGAGUGGACUUCUCGAGAUUGGUAUCGGGAUUUACCUGAUUUACAGGCAGCUUGGGGCUGCCUGUGCCAUGCCCGUUGCCCUCGUUUUCGUUGUCCUACUUGCCACAGCUUUUCUCGCUGUUCCUACCGGCAAAGCAUCCGCGGAAUGGAUCAAAGCCUCGCAAGAUCGCGUCUCAACGACCUCCAAGACGCUGGGGAACAUCAAAUGGCUCAAGAUCUCUGGCCUCAAUGAUGUUGCCUUUUCAGUGAUUCAAAAGCUUCGAACCACAGAGCUCGAGGUUUCCAAGAGAUUCAGGGUACUGUUGGGCAUCUCCAUGAUGUUUUUGAUUUGCACGCCGAUCUGGUCUCCAAUACUCACCUUCAGCACAUUCGUUGCAACGGCGGCUCGAACCGGCGAUACUUUGACGAUCCAAAAGGCGUUCACCGCGUACUCUUUAUUGAUACUGGUGAACCAGCCAUUAGUCGGCAUCGUCAUGGGACUUCCGCUCCUGGCUUCUGCCAUGGCUUCUUUCCAGAGAAUCCAAGACUUUUUGAAUGGCAAGGAAAGAGUUGACCCCAGACUCGCCAGUGAGGGUAGCAAAAUCGCUAGGACAGGGAAAUCCGUGACAGAGCCCCCAAAAGCUGCUGGUCUAGGCCCAGACGUCGAGAUGUCCGAUAUGCAUGAAAGUGAGUUGCCAGUCGCUGAUCUGCCCCUCAGUGUCAUCGCCUCUGUAAAGGGAACAUUCUCUUGGUCAGACGACUCCAAGCCUGUUAUCGACAUCGACAACUGGAACGUCCGGCGACGAGCUUUCACCUUGGUGCUCGGCCCCGUUGGCUGUGGCAAGUCGACGCUUCUAAAGUGCUUACUCGGCGAGUUAUCGUCCUUCAAGGGCACCAUUUCCACCAACUUCUCUGGCGUCACGUACUGCGGCCAAACCGCGUGGAUACCGAACGACAGUGUGCGGAACAUCAUCACCGGUCACGCCGCGUUCGAUCCGGCCUGGUACUACAUCGUCAUCAAGGCGUGUGCUUUGGAGCAAGAUAUCGCUAGCUGGCCGAAUGGAGACAGUACCGUGGCGGGCACGAAGGGAAUUUCUAUGAGCGGUGGUCAGAAGCAUCGUCUGGCCAUUGCCCGCGCUUUGUACGCAAGACAAGAGUUGUUGGUACUUGACGACGUUUUCAGCGGCCUAGACUCUAGCACCGAAGACAUCGUAUUCAGUAAUCUCUUCGGCAAUAAUGGUUUGCUCCGCCACACGGAUACGACUGUCAUUCUAGCAUCAUCUGAUUCUCGCCGUGUCCCGUUUGCCGACGACGUCGUACUUCUUAACGAUGAGGGUCGAAUCAUAGACAACGAGGCGGUCACGAAAGUCGACCGACAACCAUCUUCCUCAAGCAAACGCGCCGGCACGAGCGAUAGCGAGAGCGGAAAGGUGCCACCUAUGACAAUAACAAACGAUAAACCACCAGCCACGGUCCUCGGCCUACUCGAAGACCAAGCAGAUUCCGCUCGUCAACUCGGCGACUGGGGGAUGUAUAGCUUCUAUGCCAGGGCAGCUGGGUGGUUUAGCCUGUCGACUUUUGCCGGCGCCAUGAUUGUCUUUGCCUUUUGCGACUCGUUUCCCGGUACUCUCCCCCAAGGGUCUAUUGACGUGGAAAUCAUCAGACUAACAAAUUCAUCGUCAGAUAUCUGGCUCAAGUGGUGGGCGGAGUCCAACGAGCAGAAACCGAACCAAGAUCUGGGCAAGUGGCUUGGUGUCUACGCGGCUCUGGGAGUCGGGUCUGUGGCUUCGGUGCUCUUUGGGAUGUGGCAACUUUUCAUUGUCAUCAUCAACAAGUCGGGAGUCUAUUUCCACGGCGUUCUACUGGACACCACAUCUCGUGCGCCCAUGACAUUUCACAGUUCCGUGGACAGCGGCAUCACAGUCAACAGAUUCAGUCAAGAUCUCCAGCUCAUCGACAUGGAGCUGCCAGCCGCAGCACUGGGCUUGGCCGUAGGCGUUGCAUUCGGCGUAGCCCGUUUCGUAGUAAUGUCCGUCUCCUCACGCUACAUGGCCGCCAUCCUCCCCUUCCUCAUCCCAACCUUCUACGCCAUCCAGCACUUCUACCUCCGCACCUCGCGACAAAUGCGCCUCCUCGACAUCGAGCACAAAGCACCCCUCUACUCCCAACUCAUCGAAACCCUCGAAGGCCUAGCGACAAUCAGAGCCUUCCGCUGGGAAGACAAUUUCGAAAAGGUCAACCUCCGCCGGCUCGACGACUCACAGCGGCCCAAGUACCUCCUUGCAUGCCUACAAAGCUGGCUAACGUUUUCGGUUGACAUGGUGAUUGCCGUCAUCGCCGUUGUCCUCAUUGUAUUGGUCACGACGCUGCGCGAACAAAUUGGGCCCGGGUUCAUUGGUGUUGCGUUGACGAAUGUGUUGGCGUUUAGUGGGUGCGUCAAGGCGAUUAUCACGUCGUGGGUCAUGUUAGAGGUUUCGCUUGGCGCGGUUGCGAGGGUGAGGAACUUUUCUUUGACUACGGCGUCUGAGGACGACUCUCGCGUGCAGCGUGCGGAGCCAGAGGGAGAGUGGCCGAGUCGAGGAGCCGUUGAGCUUCGGAGAGUGACGGCGUCCUAUCCCGGCAAAAGCUCCCUCAUCCUCUGCCUCCUCCGCAUGAUGGACCUAGACUCGGGCACAAUCACCAUCGACGACGUCGACAUCGCCACGCUGCCCCACGAAUACGUCCGUUCCAAGAUCGUCGCAGUCCCACAGGAGUCCUAUAUCUUCGACGGCACCGUGCGGUUGAAUAUCGACCCGGGCCAGACAGCGUCGGACGAGGAUAUCACGGCGGUCUUGAAAAGGGUGCAGCUUUGGGAGAAAGUCGAGGAGCGCGGUGGUCUGGAUGCCGUGAUUGACGAUAAGUUCUUCUCGCAGGGUGAGGCGCAGUUGUUGGUUUUUGCUAGGGCUAUGUUGAGGAAGGGGAGGGUGCUUGUUUUGGAUGAGAUUACGAGCAGUCUGGACGAUGAGUCUAGUAAGAUCAUCGACGAGGUGCUGCGUUCGUGGUUCAGAGAUUGGACCAUCAUCGCUAUCGCACAUAAGCUUGAGUCGAUACGGGACUUUGACCGAGUUGCGGUUGUCGAUUCAGGGGUAGUUGUCGAGUAUGGGGAGCCUCGUAGACUCCUGAAGAGCGAGUCGUCGUUCAAGGCGUUGUAUGAGCGGUCAUCGGGUGUGGCACACUAG